UCAUAAAAUACCCUGAAAGCGGAAGAUAAAGAACUGACGCUGUGACGCAGACACAGAAAGGGAUUAGCGAGGGUAAAGGAGUAGGCAACCACAAAGGCUUGGCACAAACCCUCCUCUUCAACCCUCUCAACCUCUCUCUCUCUCUCUCUCUCUCUGUCUCAUUUAUGGCUUCUCAUCCCCAUCACAACCACUGCCACAGUAACCAUCUCAGCAACUGUAGCUGCUGUUGUAGUUGCAAUUCUUCUCAUCCCUCUGAGGUCUCUCAGUCCCCAACUACAGAUCCUCCUCUUCAAGCCCUAGCUGCUCAGCUCCUUCAAUCUUCGCAAACGCAUCUCUAUGCUCAAUACCCCAAACCCCAACAACACCAGUUGUAUCAGAAGCAUUUAUACCAGAAACAACAACAUCAACAAACCCAAUCGCUUCUCUCUUCUCUUCUCCGUCGCAUCGAAGUUCUUGAAUCCUCUUUUCAUCAAAUCCCCGCUUCUCAUCCACCACCACCGCCGCCUCCUCCUCAUCCUUCGAAUUCUCUCCGUGAUGUCGCUGCCCGUAUCAUACAAACCCACUUUCGUGCCUUCCUUGUUCGUAGAUCGCGUACCCUUCGACAACUUAAAGACCUAGCUUUUGUUAAGGCCAGUCUUAUCAGCCUGAAAUCCUCAAUCUCUGAUGGGUCUCAACUCAAGCCUGAGGUUCUCUCGCAGAAAGCCAUGGAUUUGCUUAUCAAGCUUGAUUCGAUUCAGGGAGGUGAUCCGAUGAUUAGGGAUGGAAAGAAAUCCGUUAGCAGAGAUCUGGUUCGUUUCUUAGAGUUCGUUGAUGGGGUCUCCGCGAAAAGACGGGAGCUUUCUUCUAAAGCAACGAAGAGCUUGAGACUUGCAGAAAAUAGUAAGAAAUCAAGGGUUUGUGUUAGUUCUCAUGAUCCAGUCAUGGGAACCUAUCGUAGAGAUCUGAGUAGGGAACAGAGAGAGCUCUUGGAGAAAUUGAGGAGCCAAGCUCGGGGCAUUUCUGAGAAUAACGAGGGAAUGCAUGUGGAGCUUGAAUCAUUUCGUCAGAUAAGUUAUGAUGAAGAUGAUCCUAAGAUAAUUACCAAUCAUGGGGAGAUUUUGUUGAAACAGAGUGCCCUUGGUUCAGAAUCAAAGAAAAAUGUGAGCUUUGCAGAGAAUGGAGAUUUAACUAGGGUCUUUGAUGAAUCAUAUUCAGGUGGUCAUGAAGCUGGUAUUGAUCAAGGAUUUCUUGAUGAUGAUCAGAGAGAGCUUGUGGAAAAUCUGUGCAGGGAAGUGGAGGAAAUUGGGGGUUUCUCUGGGGUUGCAGGGGAUGAUGAGGAAGAGGAAGCAUACAUUGAGAGCAAAGUAUUUCAGCAGGCUAAUGACGGCGACAGAAACCCUAGAAGCAUUCCGCAGAGGGAGGCCAAUUAUGGAAAAAGGGUGCAACGCCACGGUCAAAAUGGAGAAAUUUCAUUUUCUGCUCCCUUACCUGUCCAGAUGGAUCCCAUUAUAAGAGAGGUGAAGAGUGCGAGGUAAGCUCCAGACUUGGGUUUGUGGUCUAUUCUGGUGGUUUAGUGGUUUUUACUUCUUCUCUCUAAAUUUUCAUCCUAUAGAGUAAUUGAUUGAAGAAUUAACACUGACAUUUAGAUGUGUGAAUUGGGUUGUCCUCCAUUUUUCAUGGCUGGCUUUUUGCUCUCUCUCUCUCUCUCUCUCUCUCUCUCUCUCUCUCUCUCUCUCUACUGUAAUUCUAAGUUCUAACCUGCAGCUUCUGUUGAGCCAUCAGGUGGUGCUUUGUUUUGGCCCUGGAUAUUAAUUUUGUUCACUUUCCCUAGUUUUGUUUCUAGUUCUAACCCAAGAGGAAUUGCUCAAACUCCAAAAUGCUCACCUGAAAUUAAAUGAAAUUGAUAGCUCUUCCAUGUACUGACAUUAAGGGUGAUAUUAAGGGUGUGUUUGAUAUGCAUUUUUGAUA